GGCCGUAAGUAACGGUAACGAACCUUACCGUUCCAUCCGACGAGCUCGCAUAAUCUUAAUGUCUUCUUCACCGUCGCUGUCAUCCUCGACGCCUACUCUUACUAGCUCAAUUGAUCAGCCGACUAGUCAAGCCUCCAGCACUGGAGGUAACCAACCGCCAUCUACAUCGACCACGCUAUAUCUCUUCACGUUCCUCGCCACCCUUUUCGUCCUCCUGCUCAUCUCCGCCUCUAUUAUAUUCCGCUCCUUCCUCGUGCGCCGUCGCUUUCGUCGGCGUGUUGAAGACGCUUUGGCACAAGGAAUCUAUAUUGACCUACAACCCACAGCACUCGGUCUUACUUCACGGUACAUCGGAGAGAAACCCAGCGUACAUGAAGCGUGGGUUGAACAGGAUGUCUCACGGGAGAAAUCCCAGUGGCAAGCCAUCAUGCCUGUGGCGGUUCUUCUAACACACAGGGUCGAACCUACUGCGGAAUCACAAUUACCUCAUGAAUCCAUACAGCAACAGCGACCCUCGUUCCUCGCGCGCUUCAAGCGACACUCCACAUCUCCUGACCCACAUCCAGCCACAAUUCUUCGACACUCUGCUUCCUCAGAUGACUCCGCGUCCGUCUGUGUCCUGAUCUCCAUGCCUGACCCUUUCUCCCCAAUGCGCUUUAAGAACUCAUCGGAAGAUUCGGCCACGUCGCAACUAAGUGACGGUACUAAAGAUCCGAACCUGGGCGUAACCACAGGGAGGAUUAACGAUGAGGAAGGCGUCCCAAACGUUGUUUUUGGGGUGGCCGAACUUCCUGUGCUUGGUGGCUGGACGGAGGCAACAAUGGCGUAAUAUUUUCGGUUAUACACUUCCCUGGUAUGACAGACACGAAUAGGGUGGUAAUAUGAUAUAUCGAUCGGUGUGGACCUGUUUAACUAAUCUUGGCCCUAUAUCAAGUACUGUAUUCUUG